AUGAUGUUCGCAAUCCUCUUCGCCUUUUGGCGCUUUAUGGAGAUCAUCACUUUGAUCCCCAUCAUGGGCAUGCUCGCGUGGUUUGUCAACCUCCACCUCGAGUCCAAUGUCAUGACACCCACCUACAUCCUGGUCAUGUUCAUUGUGUCUGUCCUGGCGCUCGCCUGGGCCAUCUUCACGCUCUUCAGCUACCACCGCUCGUCAGCCAACGCCCAAUUCGUCGCCUUCAUCGACCUCGCCUUCUUCGGCGCCCUCAUCGCCGGCGUCUACUACCUGCGCUUCAUCGCCCGCGCCGACUGCGCCUCCAUCUCCCCCGGCUCCAGCGUCGAUUUCGACUUCGGCAUCCUCAGCGGCCGCGUGAGCGGCAUCGACGUCAAUGUCAACAAGACCUGCAGCAUGUUAAAGGCUUCGUUUGCGCUGGGCAUCAUGAACGUCGUCUUCUUCUUCAUUACUGCCAUCCUGGCUUGGAUUCACGGAGACCACGCCGUUAAGACUGAGCGUCGCUACGUUGAGACCCGCCGUCGCAGCCACAGCCGCGGGCACAGCCAUUCUCGUCGGAGCCACAGCGGGCAUCGCAGCCGUCGGAGCUCGCACUCUCAUCACCGGGCUUACGUCUGA